AGAUUAUCCCCAAGACGUACAUCGUUGUGUUUAAGUUCAAAGUUAGUCUUUUCCUUUCUUUCUUGUUCCUGAAAACAAUUGGCACCGGGACCACAAACAUCAAUAUACACGGUUUUUAACGUGACUGAAUGGUUACGGGCAACGAGCUUCAACCUUGCCAGCAGUAUCCUGCAUGGAAUUCACCGAAUUUGAGCCAUGUUUCUGCACUUUUGCAGCUCAGGCAGCAAGUCAAUCUGCCAUCUUUUCCAAAUUCUUCUGCAUUUACUGCACAUGCACUUUCUCCAGGGAUUUCCACUUUGCUCAAUGGCUCUCCUAACUUAAAAGCAUCCCAGGCGAGUGAAAUCAAUGGGGUGUUUUUACCAAUGCUUCCCGAUUUGAACAUCUUAUCUCCUCCUGCUACAAAUGAUCAAUAUCCGAGUGAAUCUCAACCAGCUGGGAGACGAGUUCUGCCAAUUGACACAUCUGUCCCUUCUCGGAAAAAAUUUCUCAUUUUUGAUCAGUCCGGGGACCAGACUAGAUUGUUUAUUGGUCCAUCUUUUAGUCCUCAGAAUGAGCUUCUGCCCAAGAAAAUUGUUGGGAAUUAUGGUUCACAAUGCAAAAACUUGGGGACUCUCAGUGGGCACAGUUUUCCUAUGAAGCCCAUAAUUGAAGAACCAGUGAAUAGGACCCAUGGCAGCUGUAAAGGAAGCGAGAUGCAUGAAGACUCGGAAGAAAUCAAUGCAUUACUCUAUUCUGAUGGAGACGAGGAUGAGGAGCAUGAUGAUGAUGAUGUUGAUGGGGAGGAUGAUGAAGUAACUAGCACGGGUCACUCUCCGUUUAUGGUUACAGAAAGUAUAAGUGAUCAUCAACAGGUGAGGCAACUUUCUGAGAACAUCGCAAGCUCUGAUGGCUCAUCAAAAAGGCAAAGGCUGCAUGAUGGCGGGUACAAGAAGUCAUUAUUUACACACACUGCAACAUCAGCAAAGAUACCCAAAUCCUGCACUAAUGUGGAUGACGGGGAAUCAAGCUGUGUUAAGGAAAGCAAAUCCCACAUGUGCAGUAGGGAAAAGAAGAUAAGAAUCCGCGAGACAUUGAGAGUUCUUCAAAGCUUGAUUCUGGACAUAAACAGCAAUAAUGAUCCAUUGUUGGUCAUCGACGAGGCAAUAAACUACCUGAAGUUCAUGAAGAUGAAGGUGAAAGAGAUGGGAGUUCAACUCCCUCAAGCACACACCCCAUUUCCUCAAUAGACAGUGAAAAGCGGGCGCCAUACUUCUCCACUUAAAUGAUCUGAUAAAGGAGAAGCUCAAUGGGAGGUGUGCUUAAUUUUGUGCUUUUUCUUGAAGAGGGCGAGCAAAAAGGGAUGAUAAAUCUUUGAGUAGAGAUGAUGUUUUCAAGUUUUUUAAGGAUUAAAGGUAAGUCACACGUUUGAAAGCAUGUUUAAUGGUAGUGCUGUGCUGUAAAUGAAGACAGAACCCUAUUACCAUCACUCCAUGGAUUGAAAGCAUGCGUGUUUCUUGAUUUGGGUCCCACCCUCCACCACCCCCCAUCCCCAUCCCCAUCCCCACUGGUUCUUUGUCUUUAUGAGUUGUGAAUCCUUCUUUUAUCUUGUGUUGCUCCCAAAAGGGUGAUGACGGCUGGAAGUAGUAUACAAAAAGUAUGAAGAGAUGGGAUGGCGCAUGGAGUGAGGGGCCCUGCCUGGAAAAAAGAAAGAUUUAUCAAGAAAAAAGGGUUGAUGGGGCAUGGGGGCAGCCAUCCAUCCAUCCCUCCAUGAUCAAAUCUUGUCUUCAAGUUUGGUGUUUGUUUCUUUUUAUAUUGUUUUCAGUUGGCGUGUUGUGUUUCAUGAGAACUGACCAUGGACCCCCCUUCAUGUCUUGAGAUGCCAUGAUUAUGGUGUGAUGUAUCUGUUUUGUGUUGUGGUUACUAUAAAUAUCUCUCUGUAUUUGGUGUCUGCUUCUUCAA